CGGCCAGGAGCUUGCGCUGCCCUCAGGGCGGGUCCCGGGGAAGGGGGGGAGGUGGCCCGGCCCUACAGGCUCCAUUUUGCUAGUGCGGAGGCAGUGAAUUGACGGCUCAGAAUGUCAUACCCAGGCUAUCCCCCUUCAGGUUAUCCUGCUUUCCCUGGAUAUCCCCCUACAGGACAAGAGUCUGUUUAUCCACCUGCUGGUCAAUAUCCCUAUCCUGCUGUUCCUGGAGGCUUCCCUCCUGUGGGAGGUGGUGCAUAUCCUGCAGUGCCACCAAGUGGUGGGUUCCCAGGAGCUGCAGGAUACCCUGCGCCUGGAGGCUAUCCUGGAGUUCCCCAACCUGGGGGGGGCUACCCUGGAGCUCCCCAACCUGGGGGGAUGCCAUCUUAUCCUGGAGCUCCUACAGGUCCUGGGUUUGGUGUCCCCCCUAAUGGAUCUAGCUUUGGUGGUUAUCCUCAACCUCCAUCUCAAACCUAUGUGGGAGGUGGACCAGCACAAAUACCAGUGGGAUACCCUGGUGGACAAGUACCUUCCCCAGUGCCUAGUCAGCCUGCAGCAAUGACUCAAAGUACCCAGGGCACAAUUCGAGCUGCGCCCAACUUUGAUGCUGGGAGGGAUGCAGAAAUACUGCGCAAGGCUAUGAAGGGAUUUGGAACGGAUGAGCAAGCUAUCAUUAAUGUUGUGUCCAAUCGCUCCAGCGAUCAAAGGCAAAAAAUCAAGGCAGCUUUCAAGACUAUGUAUGGCAAGGAUUUAAUUAAAGAUCUGAAGUCUGAACUAAGUGGAAACAUGGAAGAACUGAUAUUAGCCUUGUUCAUGCCACCUACCUAUUAUGAUGCCUGGAGUUUACGUCAUGCAAUGAAGGGAGCUGGCACUCAGGAGAGAGUGUUGAUUGAGAUUCUUUGUACAAGGACGAACCAGGAAAUUCGAGACAUAGUCAGGACUUACAAAACAGAAUUUGGAAGAGACAUUGAACAGGAUAUCAGAGCAGAUACCUCAGGACACUUUGAACGAUUACUUGUAUCUAUGUGCCAGGGCAAUCGGGAUGAGAAUCAAUCAGUGAACUACCAAAAAGCUCAGGAAGAUGCUCAGCGCCUCUACCAAGCUGGUGAAGGGAAACUUGGAACUGACGAGUCUUGCUUUAACAUGAUUCUGGCAACUAGAAGUUUCCCCCAGCUAAAAGCUACAGUUGAAACAUAUUCUAAGAUUGCCAAUCGUGAUCUGUUAAGCAGCAUUGGCCGGGAGUUUUCUGGAAAUGUUGAAGAUGGCUUGAAGACUAUCGUUCAAUGUGCUCUAAAUCGUCCGGCCUUUUUUGCUGAGAGACUUCACCAUUCCAUGAAAGGAGCUGGCACAGAUGAUUCUACACUUGUCAGAAUUAUAGUCACUCGCAGUGAGAUUGAUCUUGUACAGAUCAAGCAGCUGUUCACGCAGAUGUACCAGAAGACUUUGGCUACAAUGAUAUCAAGUGACACAAGUGGUGACUACAGGAAGUUGCUGCUGGCAAUCGUUGGUCAAUAGAAAAGAUUUACAUUUUAACAAAGUGAAGGACAUGUAACGAGCUUAUUAGGGAGACAAAUAACUAGGCUUGCAUGUAACAAAGAAUGAUUUUCAAUAUUGCAUAACCAAAUAUGCCUUCUUAAUUAUGAAUGAUUUAAGAGUUUUUAUUUUGCACAUAUAGUUGCCUUAAUUUAGAGCACAUUUAUACUUUACUAUCUAAAAAUAAGAUGUAUCUACUGUCAUUUUCCUGAAGUGUCAGUGUCACUUUUGACCCACAGAAAAUACAACUGAGAUGCCAAAUUAAAUUACUUCCUUCAAAAAGCCAUUAUAGUACAAGUCAUUUCUCAGCAAAGAUUCUGCAGCCCUUGCUCAUCUGAGUAGUUCCACUGACUUCAAUGGCACUUCUUGAAAGGUCUGUAGGGAUUAAACCCUUUCAUUAAAACAGUCCUGGGACACUUGUCUCAACAGAAUCUUUAGUACUAAAUUGCUUAGCCAAUUAUUCAAAAGAGCUGAUCUCAACACCACCUUGACAUUUUAAGUUUCAGAGUGGUAGCCGUGUUGGUCUGUAUCAGCAAAAAGAACAGGAGUACUUGUGGCACCUUAGAGACUAACGAAUUUAUUUGAGCAUAAGCUUUCAUGGGCUAAAACCCACUUCAUCGGAUGCAUGCAGUGGAAAAUACAGUAGGAAGAUAUAUAUACACAGAGGGCAUGAAAAAAUGCGUGAUGCCAUACUAACUAUAAUGAGAGUAAGCAGUUAAGGUGGGUUAUUAUCAGCAGGAGAAAAAAAACUUUUGUAGUGAUAAUCAGGAUGGCCCAUUUCCAACAGUUGACAAGAAGGUGUGAGUAACAGUAGGGGGAAAAAUUAGCAUGGGGAAAUAGGCUUGAAUAAAGACUGGGAGUGGAUGAGUCAUUACACAAAGUAAAACCUAAUUUAAUGGUGUCCAGUUUGCAAAUUAAUUCCAAUUCUGCAGUUUCUCGUUGGAGUGUUUUUGAAGAUUUUUUGUUGGAGUAUUGCAACUUUGAGGUCUGUAAUUGUGUGACCAGGGAGAUUGAAGAGUUCUCCAACUGGUUUUUGAAUGUUAUAAUUCUUGAUGUCUGAUUUGUGUCCAUUUAUUCUUUUGCGUAGAGACUGUCUGGUUUGGCCAAUGUACAUGGAAGAGGGGCAUUGCUGGCACAUGAUGGCAUAUAUCACAUUGGUAGAUGUGCAGGUGAACGAGCCUCUGAUAGUGUGGCUGAUGUGAUUAGGUCCUAUGAUGGUAUCCCCGAAUAGACAUGUGGACAGAGUUGGUAACAGGCUUUGUUGCAAGGAUAGGUUCCUGGGUUAGUGUUUUUGUUGUGUGGUUGCUGGUGAAUAUUUGCUUCAGGUUGGGGGCUGUCUGUAAGUGAGAACUGGCCUGUCCCCCAAGAUCUGUGAGAGGGAGGGAUCGUCCUUCAAGAUAGGUUGUAGAUUCUUAAUGAUGCGCUGGAGAGGUUUUAGUUGGGGGCUGAAGGUGAUGGCUAGUGGCGUUCUGUUACAUUUUAGGGUGACAAAACACAGUGCAUCAUAACCCCUCCUAAAACCAAAAGAAGUCUAUACAAAUUAAAACAAGGCUAGGCUAGAUUCAUAGAUUCUAGGACUGGAAGGGACCUCCAGAGGUCAUAGAGUCCAGUCCCCUGCCCUCAUGGGAGGACCAAAUACUGUCUAGACCAUUCCUGAUCGACAUUUAUCUAACCUACUGUUAAAUAUCUCCAGAGAUGGAGAUUCCACAACCUCCCUAGGCAGUUUAUUCCAGUGUUUAACCACCCUGACAGUUAGGAACUUUUUCCUAAUGUCCAACCUAAACCUCCCUUGCUGCAGUUUAAGCCCAUUACUUCUUGUUCUAUCCUUAGAGGCUAAAGUGAACAAGUUUUCUCCCUCCUCCUUAUGACACCCUUUUAGAUACCUGAAAACUGCUAUCAUGUCACCUCUCAAGUCUUCUCUUUUCCAAACUAAACAAACCCAAUUCUUUCAGCCUUCCUUCAUAGGUCAUGUUCUCAAGACCUUUAAUCAUUCUUGUUGCUCUUCUCUGGACCCUCUCCAAUUUCUCCACAUCUUUCUUGAAAUGCGGUGCCCGGAAUUGGACACAAUACUCCAGUUGAGGCCUAACCAGCGCAGAGUAGAGCGGAAGAAUGAUUUCUCGUGUCUUGCUCACAGCACACCUGUUAAUGCAUCCCAGAAUCACAUUUGCUUUUUUUGCAACAGCAUCACACUGUUGACUCAUAUUUAGCUUGUGGUCAACUAUAACCCCUAGAUCCCUUUCUGCCGUACUCCUUCCUAGACAGUCUCUUCCCAUUCUGUAUGUGUGAAACUGAUUGUUCCUUCCUCGGAGAGGUGGGCUACUUCAGGUUAUUUCUGUUACAGAACCAGUUUCCAUGAUAAUGGUAAAAAAAUAUGACCUGAUUGAGUCCAAGUAUUAAUGGUUUAAGUGUGUGCACAGCAAAUAUUGUAGAGUGGAAGUUAUCAGAAAUGGGCUAAUAUUGCUGGCCUGCCUGAAUGAGUCAUGAUAGUGUUUGGCCUGGAAUGACAAGAGCACUCUGUAACCUAAUUUUAUGGUGCCAAAUGGAAAAAUAAAGGGACUUACUGAUGA